AUGCCUUUUGGUAUUCUCGAUGACGACAGAUUGGAGCAUAUUCCAGGUACGGCACCACUCAAUGGGCUUCAAAACACCGAUACCUACUCAGGCAUCGAUCCUGGAUUCCUGAAGCGCGAUUCAACGGGGCAAAUUGUACUUGUUCCGCAGCCGUCGGACUCUCCCAACGACCCUUACAACUGGUCACGCAAACGAAAGGAAUUGUUCACAAUUACGUAUGGAUGGGGCUGUGGGUGUGUCGGAGCGGUUGGACCACUCCUUGGAGGAGCCUUCGUUCCACUCGCUGCAGAUUUUGGCGUCUCUCUAUCUACAUUCGUGUCGGCUGUUCAAGGGGGUACUAUCGCUGCAAUUGCGAUCGGAAGCCUUAUUUUCAACUCCCUUGCAGUGAAAUACGGAAAGCGACCGGUGUAUUUGGGUACAACAGUUGGGUUGAUGGUUUCUUGUUUCUGGGCAGCCGAGGCGAAAAGCUUCGAGUCUUUUGUGGCUGCAAGGGUGUUCUGUGGGCUCUGUAUGGCACCGAUGGAGGCCCUAGUUCCUGCAUCCAUUUCGGAUAUUUGGUUUGUUCACGAGAGGGGCUUUCGGACUGCUGUAUUCAACCUAGGAGUACUUGGGGGAAUCAAUUUAGCAGUUCCAAUCGGUGAGUUGGGUGGCUCCUAUCGCAUAGCGUUGCAUGCAAUGGGAGGUGCCUUUGCGUUGACCCUCAUUAUGGUCUUUUUCUGGAUGCCAGAAUCUGCGUAUUCCAGACAGUCUUUAAAUAUCGACACGGGAGAAGCAAACGUCGUGGUUGAAGGCAAAGGGGCGUUGGAGCAACUCGAACACGCACCUACCUCCGCUUCGAUACCGAGCGAGGAACCUAUAUCCUGGACACAAAGACUGCUGCCAUACAGUGGCUAUGUUAAUCAAGUUUCAUUCUGGAAUACGCUGAUCCGACCUUUCUACCUCAUCGCGUCACCGGCCGUACUCUGGGCCGUUCUUCUUUUCACCACCUGCAUUUCGUGGCUCGUCGGAAUAUCGCUCACGUUAUCGCAAAUAUUCUCUGCGCCGCCUUAUGACUUUUCAGUGGUUGGAGUUGGAGCGACCAAUUUGUCGUCGUUCGUGGCCUCUGUUCUCGGUACUCUGGCCGCAGGGCCGCUUAUCGACGGUUUGGUUACUAGGAUGUCUAGAAUGAAUGGAGGAAUCUUCGAACCCGAGUUCCGUUUACCCAUAAUGGUUACAUAUCUUCUGUUCACGUCCACCGGAUUUUUUGCUUGGGGCCAAUCUUCAUACGCGCAAGACCCUUGGCCAGUACCCGUGAUAGUGUGCCUUGGACUCAUUAACUUUGGUGUUCAGCUUGGUACGACUGGGGUGGUGACCUAUGUUGUUGAUUGUCACCGUGAGAAAGCAGGCGAGGCAUUUGCGGCCAUGAAUUUCAUCAAGAACCUGUUCGCAUUCGGGUUAUCAUUCUACAUCAACGACUGGAUCGAUAACCAAGGAGUCCGGAACUGCUUUUUCACCAUCGGGGGGAUAACUAUGGGAGUUACCCUAUUCACAAUUCCAAUGCAA